AUUUUGAAGCAAGUUUUAUUCGUCUGAUUGACAAAGUGACCAAUGGCUCUCGGAUUGAAAUAAACCAAACAGGUACUACCUUGUAUUAUCAGCCUGGACUUCUGUACGGGGGCUCAUUGGAACAUGACUGCAGCCCCAGUCGCAGUAUUGGCUACUAUUUGGAAAGUCUGCUCUGCUUGGCACCGUUCAUGAAGCAUCCGUUGAAGAUUAUCCUGAGGGGAGUAACAAAUGACCAAGUUGAUCCUUCAGUUGAUGUCCUUAAGGCAACAGCUCUACCCCUUCUGAAGAAGUUUGGAAUUGAUGGUGAAAGUCUGGAAAUAAAGGUAAGACAAUUU